UCUUAAAUCGUGAAGUCAACAAAAUAAUUCGUUCCUCAUCCAAGCUCGCGUAAUUUUGUGAUUUUUAUUCGAAAUGAAUCGACUUUUCGGAAAAUCUAAACCCAAAGAACCCGGUCCAAGCAUCAAUGACUGUAUCCAAGGGGUUGAUGCCAGAGCAGACACUAUCGACGGGAAGAUCAAAACAUUAGAUGCCGAGUUACGAAAAUACAAGGAUCAGAUGGCGAAAAUGCGCGAAGGACCGGCAAAAAAUGCCGUGAAACAAAAAGCGAUGCGAGUGCUGAAGCAACGCAAACAAUAUGAAAACCAGGUGGAAAACCUUCGCAAUCAGUCCUUCAACAUGGAGCAGGCAAAUUUUGCGGCUCAAACCCUGAAGGAUACUCACACCACGGUAGCCGCCAUGAAGGACGGUAUGAAGUCAAUGAAGAAGGAGUUCAAAAAGAUCAACAUAGAAGAAAUCGAAGACAUCCAGGACGAUAUGGCCGACAUGCUGGAACAGGCCGACGAAGUACAGGAAGCGAUGGGUCGUGCCUACGGAAUGCCCGAGAUUGAUGACGACGAACUGCAAGCGGAGCUUGAUGCUCUUGGUGAUGAAAUCGCCCUGGACGACGAUGCCAGCUAUCUGGACGAUGUGGUGAAAGCGCCGGCCGCACCCGACAAGGAACCCGGCGCAGACAGUGUCACCAAUAAGGACGGUAUUUUGGUUGAUGAGUUUGGUUUGCCACAGAUUCCAACACAGGUUAAAUCCACUUAGAUGUUCACGCCUUAAGGCAUUUCUUUAUAUGUGGAAUACGAAAAUGCACGCGAUAUUUAGUCAUUUAUGAUACGUUUUAUUAAACUCACAUACUGUGA